GGCGGCGGCCGCUCCCCCGGCUCGGGCGAGGAAAUGAUCUAAGAGGAAACCUGGGCCGCGCCGGGGCAGCAGCGGGCCGCGGCGGCGGGGCCGGGACGCCCCGGCGAUGCCGCUGCGCUCGGCGGCCGCUCUGCGCAGCGCCGGCGGCCGCAGGACCGAGCGGGGGCGGCGCGGCAGGGACCGCUGCUAGCACGCCCGCACCUCGCCCCGGAGCCGGCCAGCCAUGGGCGAGACGGGCAAAGAGGAGUACAGGAUACAGUCGUUCGACGCCGAGACUCAGCAGCUGCUGAAGACGGCUCUCAAAGACCCCGGCAGCGUGGACCUGGAGAAAGUGGCCAAUAUCAUAGUGGACCAGUCCCUGCAAGACUGCGUGUUCAGCAGGGAGGCAGGGCGCAUCUGCUACACCAUCAUCCAGGCGGAGAGCAAGCAGGUCGGCCAGAGCGUCUUCCGGAGGAGCCUGCUGAACCGGCUGCAGCAGGAGUACAAGGCCAGGGAGGAGCUGCGCAGCCGCUCGCUCCAGGCCUGGAUCUGCUACGUCACCUUCAUCUGCAACAUCUUCGACUACCUGAGGGUGAACAACAUGCCCAUGAUGGCCCUGGUGAACCCGGUUUACGACUGUCUCUUCCGGCUGGCGCAGCCCGACAGCCUGCGCAAGGAGGAGGAGGUGGACUGCUUGGUCCUGCAGCUGCAUCGCAUCGGCGAGCAGCUGGAGAAGAUGAACUCCCAGCGGAUGGAUGAGCUCUUCUCCCUCCUCCGAGAUGGCUUCCUCCUGCAGGAAGGGCUCAGCUCCCUGUCCCAGCUCCUGCUGCUGGAGAUCAUCGAGUUUCGAGCUGCUGACUGGAAGAUGACAGAUGCGGCCCAGAAAUACUAUUACAGCGAAGUGACGGAUUAACCCCUCUGCAGCAGAGCGGCGAGAUGUCCCCAGCACUUUCACCAGCAAGCUUCAUACCAAGUUUGAAUUUCUUUUCAUGUUAAUGUUUUUCUAGCACUUCCUGUUAAUAGGGUUUAUACUGGCUAGAGCCUCUGUGCACGUAACUGCCAGGCUGUAACUGGUGCUAGACUGACCUUGGAGGCUUGGUAAGGUGGGAAGGGCAGGGCACAACCCAGCAGCCCAGCAAGUUCUUCCACUGGUUUGCUCUAAUUAUGGGCCAAUGCUAGCAAAGGGCAAGAAAGGCUUCUAGUUUAAACCAGCAUUUUAUACAAGCAUUAAGAAAAGCACAGUUUAAGCUGAGAGCAUUUUGGUUUACCUAAGAGCUAGCAGAGCUGAGGGAGGCAGAGGGGAAAUUUUACAGCUCACAGUCCCUGGACUAGGUUCCACCUGCUUCUUCGGGACAAGUCGUGAAAAAUACUGUGGUCAGACACCUCGCAAACAACGCAACCAAGUGCUGUUUUUCCCCAGACUCUCUCCAGCGUGCUGGCUGUACCUGCAUGCAACACAGCCUCCACCAUGGGCCACCAGCCACCAACACCCAUCACAGGGCAGCCUGCAGCAGGACAGGUCCCUCAGCACAAGUAGCUAGAAACAGAUUUUAUAAGUUUUAUACAGUAAUUGCUAUGUUUUUGCAAAUUUUAGUGAGUUUCAUAAGAAACAUACUGUAUUUGAGAAUGGGAGAGAAAGAAAAGAAACAAAAUAGUUUAUUGAAGUUUUUUUCUAAUAAAAGUCUUCUGCUAACGUG